GCCUCCCAUCGUGUACCUGAGCUGAACCUGCAUCUUGACCCCUGGACAUUCGGGGCCCGGCUCUGUGCAUCCGUGCCGAGAAAACUGAGCAGCAUCGGCCCGACGACACUCGAGAAAAGACCCUCGCCGGGUUCGAUACAGAGUUGACUGGGGAACCCGGCGGAAAGAUUGACUACAGGACACGUCUACACGGCAGCGCCGGCGACGCGGUGUGUUCUUGCUGGGCUCUGUGGGGUUUGCAGCGUGGCACACGUCGCGAUACCCACGCGUGCGCCCCUGGGAGCGAACUACCAGAAUAUUCCGGGCAUCAACCUCGUGGAGCGCAGCCCGAACAAUGGCCACCGUCGAGAGGGAGUCACGCUUCAUACCGACGGUAAAGUGUUCCACAUGUGGUCUGCAGGUGGAGAUUUCGUUGAUGGGCGAACAUGUUUGCGCUGGAUCUCAAGAUGCGGAGUCUACACCGCCGCUGCCCGCUGUACCGCUGUUGGGGAAGCUGAUAUCGACUUUUGGGAACCCGCCAACCGAGAAGCAGCAGCCCCGUGCGCUGCCCCGGGUGGACACAUCCGCAGCUAACCGCCCGUUUCUUGGGCAGGGCGAACUGACGCCAAUCAGUGUCGGGAGUGCAUCGAUGAGAAGCCCAUCGCCUUUGACGCCGGAUGCACGACCCCCGGCCGGCAAGGCAGGAGAAUAUUUCGCCCCGCGGAUUGCAAAUAAUUCACCACCUCCACCGCAUUCGAGGAGGCCCGGCGGGUAUGGAGGCUUAGAGGAAGGUAGUUUACUGGAGCCAAUGUUUUCACCAGCACCAUAUACGCCGAGGAAGCAAGGCCCAAGCUUGGUGGACAGGAUGGAUGCCCCAUCUCCUGAACCACUUGGUAUGGGCAGACGGCCCUCAGCUAGCGAGCGGAGUAUGUCCGGUGACGCGGGCAAUCGUCCUGGCACUUCAGCUUCAAAUAAUAGCAGCAGACUAGGCAGCGAAAAGGGUCCGGGAGCACAAAGGCAGAACGGAUAUGGUGGCCUUGGUCCGUCAAGAGCACUAGGAGAUCUCGGCGACCCGCCUUUGACCCCGAGCCGGUCAGACACCUUUCCGCGCCCAAGCGAUACUUCCGCCCCUCCACCUCGCAGUCCUUCAGCCCCUCCUCCAACCUCAAGGCUCCAUGCGGAUAAACCGCGACCUACGUUAACCCCGUCGGACCCAGAUGAACGAGUUCCCGGAGCUAGUGAGAGACAGAGAAGACCUAGCAGGGGCCCUGACACGAGCAGGCCGCCCCCACCCCGCUCUGGCGUGAUGCGGCCGACAACACCUGUGGUACCCAAAAUUAACCUUGCCGAGGAGUUCGGAGUCGGGAACCCCUACCACACGCCGUCAGCCUCGUCAUCAUCCAACGAGUCCGAAAAUAGCCGGUUCGAGCGACGGCCAAGUCAAGCGAGCCAGGCUAGUUCGCGAACAAGCCCACCUAGGUCUCUGUCAUCAAGAUCGGGACGGAAACCUUCUGACGGUAAGGGCGCCGAUGAUUUGGCGCCCGAUCUGCGUUCUUCGGCGAGCCAAAGGAAGCUAAACCGUCCAGUUGUUCCGCCGCUGAAGCUGAGUGACCGGGGAUAUGACCCGCGCAUCGAUCCGGCGGUCCAGAACCCACGCUACGGAAGAGGGAGACCUCUUCCUUCGCCAAUGGUAAAAACUGCACUUUUCCCACCCAACGAACUCAAGGUCCCAGAACCCAGCGACAUGCUCUCCCCGGUAUCCGCCCCAGUGCCAUCGCCGCAGUGGACGAAACCGGUAGAACAGAUCAACCGACUUCCUGCUCAUCUGCGAGAGCCAAAGCCCUCACAGGAGCGUCCGAAAUCCCCAAUGCGCAAUCCCGGGCUUCACCCGUCGACAUCGACGCGCGGUAACUGCAAAUCUUGCGGCCUUCUGAUCAAGGGCAAGUCCAUAUCGAGUGCCGACGGCCGCCUCACCGGGAGGUAUCACAAGGAUUGUUUUGUCUGCUCAGACUGUCGAACGCCCUUCUCCUCAUCGACCUUUUAUGUUUUGGAUGACCGCCCGUACUGCGAACUUCACUACCAUGAGCGGAACGGCAGUCUCUGCGCUAGCUGCGGUAAAGGGAUUGAGGGUCAAUACCUAGAGGACGAUUCGGCCCUGAAACAUCACGUGGGUUGCUUCCAAUGCGCAAAGUGCCGCGUGGCGCUGAGCAACGGCUACUUUGAGGUCAACGGCAAGGCCUAUUGCGAAAAGGACGCAUGGAGGCUUGUGCAGCAGCCCUGGAUAGCGAAUGGUGGUGGCCGUUCUCCCGGACCCAGCGGCCCGCGCUUGGGGUUGCCAGCUGACCCUCGAGGCCAUGGUCCGGCCAGCGGCAUGCGUGACGGUGGUAGAUGGGGUCCCCGUCCGACCAUGGAGAAGCGCAUGACGAGAUUAGGCAUGAUGUAAGAGCGACUGAUCCAGGCGCUUCUCAUGCUCGGCAUCGGAUUUUCCGCCAGGGCUUCGCCUCCUCGACGAUUACCGCUAAUCAUCAUAAUCGAAUCGCGUUCACGCGGACGACACUGACGGCUUGAUGCCCCUUAAUCUCGAUAAUCGAUAAUCUGCAAGCUA